CGAGAUAACAGAUCAGAGGGAAGACGGGGAGAGGUAAAAGAAGUGUGAAUUCAGCAGUAGGCAGACUGUAGCUCACCUCCACUACAAAGACUUCACAGGACAGAGCACACAGGGAGGCUUUGACUCUGGAAUAUAUCCUACAGUAUCUGCUUAUGUAUGAAUGAACCAGUUUGUCUUCUUCUUAACCUUGGAAGAUGGUGGGACUCUCCUCCACUGCUGCUGUCGAGGCGAUGGAGGUGUUGGUGAAUGAGCUGGGUGUCCUGCUGAAGAUGCUGGACCAGGAGAACCUCAGCUCCUCCACGCAGGAGAAGAAGACUUCUGUGUGGAACCUCCUGCAGCAGAUACAGCCAUCAGUUUCAGGAACAGACUACAUCUAUAUGAACUCAGCAGUUUACAGAAAUGGCACCAGCUUCGUAGAGUCCCUCUUUGACACAUUUGACUGCCAGCUUGGAGACCUUAAGGAUGUCACAGAUGAUCUAAAAGAAGAAAAGAACACACAAACUGACACUUUAAAACAGCAGAACUGUGCAGACUCCCCAGCCCCGCACUCAGCUGACUCUCCUCCCCCUCUGCCCACAACGCCUCCUCCCGAGGAGUAUUAUGAGGAGGCUGUGCCCCUCAGUCCUGGCAAGUUGCCCGAGUACAUCAUCACACGAGUCAGGUCUAGCCCUCCCAAUUCUAUAGAGGAUGGGUAUGAAGACGCAGAAAACAACUACCCCACUACCUGCAUAAACACACACCGCAAAAACUCAUACAAUGAUUCUGAUGCCCUGAGCAGUUCCUAUGAGUCAUACGAGGAGGAUGAGGAAGAGAGGAGCCCUGGUGUCCAACUCACUCAUCAGUGGCCCUCAGACGAGAGCUCCAUGCCUCCAGCCAGGGACUGUCGCAUUUGCGCCUUCCUGCUGCGCAAGAAACGUUUCGGCCAAUGGGCAAAACAGCUUACUGUCAUACGAGAGAACAGACUACAGUGCUACAAGAGUUCUAAGGACACAUGCCCCUAUGUGGACCUGCUGCUGCCCCAGUGCACUGUGGUCUAUGCACCCAAAGACAGCAAGAGGAAGCACCAUGAACUCCGGUUCACCUUACCCAACGGAGAUGCACUGGUGUUGGCGGUACAAAGCAAGGAGCAGGCCCACAGAUGGCUCAGGGUUGUCAGAGAGGUGAGUGGUCAGAGCGUAGGGCCUGAGGAAUCUGCGUCUCCCAUCAUUCCAAGAAAAACUGAACUUGACAAGAGGUUAUCUGCAGAGAGGAACACAUCAGACUCAGACAGUGUGGGUGUGUCAACUGGAGAGAACUGCAGAGAAAAUGGUAAGGUGAAACGGGGAGCUUUAGCUGCGGGCCGCAAGAUCACACGAAUCAUCAGCUUCUCUAAGAAGAAGCCCCCUCGGCCAGGAGAUCCACGGACAUCCUACAGCGACCCUCGACAAGGCUAUGUGUCGGUGCUGGUGAACCAGGUGUGGCGGGAACAGUGGUGUUGUGUGUGUAGAGGCUCCCUGCACUUCUACCAUGACAAAGGAGAUCCCCGGACCUCCCUGCCUUCACUUCCUCUCCAUGGUUGCGAGGUGGUCCCGGGGCUGGGACCCAAACAUCCUUUUGCCUUCCGAAUUCUGCGGAACAGCACAGAGGUGGCUGCUCUGGAGGCUAACAGUUCUGAGGACCUUGGACGAUGGCUUGGCGUCCUCUUGGCAGAGACAGGCUCCGCAACAGAUCCAGAGUCACUGCAUUACGACUACGUUGACGUAGACACCAUCGCUAACAUCCGCGACGCUGCGCGACAUUCCUUCCUGUGGGUCACAUCCUCCAGCAGCACCUCCACAGACUCCAGAACAUAUGAUGAGGUCCCUAAUGAGGACAUGCAGUCAGGGGAGAACCGCAGGCAGCAGUCUGGGAAUCAGGGGAAGCGGCGCUCAAGUUUCUCCAGCAGCGAUUCUGACAGAACCAAGCCUUUAGUCUCCCUCAAACGAACAGGCUCAAAUGCCAACCAAUAUGGGAAGUAUGGGAAAACACGAGCUGAGGAGGAUGCCAAGCGUUACCUGAAAGAGAAAGAGGAUCUGGAAAGAGAGAGGGAUGGGAUACGAAAUGCACUUGUGACCCUCCGAAAGGAGAAGAGGGAGUUAAAGGAAGAGCUGAAAACAGCCUCUGAGAGAAGACAGACCUCCCUCAACAACCGUGUGUCGAAGCUGGAAGACACCUGUCGAGCUAAAGAGGCAGAGAGGGUGGACCUGGAGCUCCGGCUGUCUCAGGUCCAAGAAAACCUCAAGAAGAGCCUGGCUGGUGGAGCCUUGGGAGCACCUGUUGAGGCUAAACCCCCAGUUAAGGCCUCCAGCAAAAAGACACAGAAUAUCUACAGUGAUUCUUUACCAGUAAACUGUGCCUUAGAGAUGCGUCGGAGACCUCCGUCUGUUUACGCUGCUACGGGAACUGUCAUGCAGAAGGCAAAGGAAUGGGAGUCAAAGAAAGCAACCUAAGAGCGGUGUCACGAAGAGGACAAGAAAACAAAUUAACGGAUGUCAGGAUCUGACAACUGUGACAUUAAAUCCUGCUAAAGAUCCAUCUAGAUCCCAAAGCACAGACUUUACCGAACUGUAAUGAAAGAAAUCAGCCACCAGGUGGAGGUACAUCUCACUGAAUAUUUACUCUUCUGUCUUCCUAAAACAACUUCUCCACAUGUGAGGAAUCCAAGAAGUGCUCACUGUCUGUAUCCAAGUAUUUUCCUUGUCUUUGGUGACACAGAUUGAAACGUGGCAAACAGGAAGGAGAGAAGAGAGUUUAGUAAGAAAGACACAAGAAAAGUGUAUUGAAAAGCACAGUUAGUGUGAAGCGUUGUAAUGGGAAGGCAACACAGGGCUGUGUCCUCUCCUGCUGUUGCAUACAAUGUUUAAUGUAAAGGUGUCAUGUGAGACGUGAUGUGUUUGAGGAUGGAGGCAGUUUAAGCCACAAUGUGCCUUUUAUAUAAUAUAAUGUUUCUUAUCUGCCUGUACAGAGUGAGCCAUGACUACUGUUUGUAUGUUUAAUGCUUUUAUACUGUCAAGGUUUCAUUUCUCAUCGUCAUCAUAAGACAUACCUAUCAGAGGUAUUCACGUCGGUGCCAUGGAGGGCUGAGUGUGUUAUUAUACUUUUGACUGCACUUAUUAGCCUCUCCACUCGGGUUAAAGCUGUGCCGUACUGAAUAGUCCCACAUCCACUUGACCCUCUUUGGCACACAGCACAGUUAAGUACUCCUGCAAGAGAUAACUGAGUGACUAACAAAGUGGUGCUAUUCACAGAUUCAAACCAAUCUUUUCCCUAAGUGUGGAAAAAAAAAAUCUCCAUUAUACGUAAUUUUAACAACUUCUCUGCUGAACCUGUGGUUUACUUUUGCACUUUACUGUUCUCCUACCUGGAUAAGGGAAUAAUAAAUGUGUCUUAUUCUCAAACAU